AUGAAUCGAUCGAACUACCAAGAGUUGCUGGACAAGUACAUGGAGUUUGCCGGGCCACGAAUGCAGCACAGUGGACCGUUAUACUUCGAUCUUUGGCUGCAGUACGCUCCGAGUAUGGCUCUCCAAACCGGCGCGAAAGACUGUGAAGCGCUUCUGGAAGCGAUGUUAGCCACGGCGGAUAUGUUCUAUACCUUAUCGAUCAACCCGGACAAGGCGGCAGCUGCCAAGGCCACAUCAUACCACUAUGAUCGAGCAACUGGGCUCCAAGCUGAAGCGUCGGACGAGCCUGAGACCACGUAUUCCGAUGCUGCGAUUGCUUGUGCGACGUUGUUGGCGUAUUAUGAUCUCUGGGUUGGUGAACAUGUCAAGAUGGCGAUGCAACUUUUGAAGAUCAUUCAUGCCAUCCAUGCCAGACACGCGCAAGGAACGUUCACUGCCGCUACCCGAAGUUUGUUCGUAUGGUAUGUCCAUAUGGAUGUUCAGUGCAGUUUAGUUACUGGAAACCCUGCUUGGCUUGAUGAGCACUUGGUCAAGACCCUGCACCCGUUAGCCUUCCAGCCAUAUCCAGAAGAUCAACCAAUCGUAUAUGUCGCUGAGCUUGCCUUCGUCCGACUAGACACGAUUGUUGGAAAGUUCACCGCUUCGAAAGACUGGGCGGUUAAGCGCCGAAAGAAGAGGGCGGGUGACACGGAUCCUCGUCGACGACUGCAGCUGGAAGCACUGAUCAAAGAAAAAGCCGCAGCUCUCGAAGCAGAGCUCGACGAAUUCCGCUUGAGUUUGCCUUCGUGGUUUGAUGGAUAUCCGGACAUUGGCUUACCAGGCCAUGGCGGUCUCACCCCAAGAUCAUACCCAGAACAGAACAUCGCCGUCGUCCUAGGGAACUGCUUCGCGACUUACAUUGGUAUCCACCGUCUUGUAGAACAAGAUGUCUUCCUCCAAACACCCAAGAUCAUCGCUUAUGCUGAGGAAGUUCUGCGAGCAUACGCCUUCUGUGACGAUGAGAUCGACUCUGCCAUGUUACCCGCCUCCUGCGUCGCCGGCCUCGAGUUGCGAGAUGAAUCCAAACGCCAAUGGCUGCAAGGAUUUCUUGGGGCAAAAUAUGCCCGGACCGGGUAUCAUAUCGUGGCCUAUAUGAUGCAGAUUCUGCAAUGGGGAUGGGCGAAGAUGGAUGGAGAAGCCGCUGGACGGUUCUCGUAUAUCCCAGACGGAGUCGUUACAAAAGUCCAGGGAUACAGUGAGAAUACUUACGAGGGACAAGGCAUUCUUUCCUCAUUACUGGAAGACAUGCACAUCACAGACCGUGGUUCAGAUCCAUUACCUGAUGCAGCUGGUCUUGAGCAGACGUAUUACUCGAGCUCCAUCUUUGAUCAGGCGAGGGUGUGGUUGGAGGCGCAGAAUGACAUGAAGAAAGACACGCCCGCUCUGCAGGUGGCUCGUCUAUAUAAAUACACCUGUUGA